GGCCAAGCUUUGUGUUCUUAUUUCUUCAUCCUACUUCGACUUUCACUUACGGAUACGCUAUUAAGUUCUGUCAUUCGUUACCUCCUUUAACUACCAUGGAGAAGCGGAGGACUCGCACUGCUAAUCCAUGCGAUGGAUGUUCCCUACGGCGGGUACGAUGCCGCAUGGAAGGUGAUCCGCCUUGCCUUGAGUGUCAAAAACACUCUGUAGAGUGUACCUUUCUACGAGUUCCUCGCAAGCGAGGUCCCAAAGGGCCUCGCCAAUGUACUUCUGAAAAAGUGGCACACUAUCAAAACGAAAUCCGGCAAUCUCAAAGUCUUUGUUCCAUCUCACAAGACCCUGUAAGCCCCGUUGUUGAGAACGAGAGCGACCAGAUGCCCCUGUGUCUAUACAUUGAGUACUUAGACAAGUUCCGAGAAUCUCUCACCUGCGUCUGGCCUAUACUUCAUGUCGAAAAUUUGAAAUCCCGACUGCUAGUCCAUAAUUCUCUGGAUGAUCACAGUGCCUGGGCACUGGCUGGCGCUGUCUGUGCCACGGUUAUUGCCCAGCUGCGACUCUCCCAGAUACGGCUGGCAAAACAAGACACGGCAACUACAGACCUCAGCUCCGUCGCCGAGAGCUUUGCCCGUCAUGCUCAGCGCUUGCGAGAUCAAUUCAUAUACCGGGAAAACUUCUCAACCGAAUCUUUAUUGACAGCCUUUUUCCUACACAUCUACUUCACCAUCACUGAGCGCACCCGAACCGCUAUACUGUACUUGCAUGAGACGAUUGCACAGCUACACCUUCAAGAUUUGCACCUUACCGAAACAUUAGCCAACCUGCCGGACGAGCAGAAGGAAUUGGUACUCCGCAUCUACUGGCUAGUAUUCGUUUCAGAAAAGACCUUUUGCGUACAAAAUUGCUUUCCGACAUCACUUUCACCGAUUCAAGCUUGGCCAUCUUCGGAAUAUCACAUUCCGGGUGUUGGGGAUCUUGAUGCAUCGUUUCAACUACUUGCACAGCUGUUCACGUUGCUUGAUAACAACAUCAUCAUGGCAGGGGAUAGAAGAGGGGCGUACAUGGAUGCAAAAAGUGUGGACCACCUUCAGUAUGCCCUGUCAGCUAUGGACAACGUUGCAGCUGUGGCGCCUAGACUCCCGGAAACACAGCGCGUAAACGUCUUGAUGACGGGAAACUGGAUUCAAAUCCUUUGGUGGCAAUAUGCGCUUCGGCAUGUCCAAAUGUCCAGCCGCGGAGAAAGUGAGGCCGCAUUCUCAUUAUUGGAACCUGCAUCAGUGGCCCAGAAAGCAAUGCAGCUUUUCGCGUCUGUCUCUAGAGACUCGAUCACCACUCACGGGUAUGGCAUGGAGCUCAAGGUUUUCCGUAUCACGGACGCACUGGUUGACCUGCUGGCCUGCAACAGAUACCUACUCGAUUCCACUCGGGUUAAAGACGGAAGGAUGGUAGUGGGUCCGAGAGAUGUGCUUUACGCUCUUCAAAACACAUUGCAUCUCAUAGGAGGCCCAGAAUCUCUCUUAUAUAAGAGACUUUUGAAUAUGAUGGCGGAGGUUGCGCUUCCUGUUCCUCACGUCCCAGAGAUUGUCUAUUCAUAUCGGUAUGAAAACGCCAAUGUGCGAAAGGAGAGGGAUCACGGCAAGGGAUAUCAAUAGAUUUUCGAUAAGCGUAACUUACUAAGAGCCCAACUUCGCUAUAAAAGAAAUCAACCAAAGCAAUUGAUUCUAUCAAAUUAGAAGUUCAAGCCGAGCCUCGAAGCCAUAACCGCCAGGACCACCCCAAG